CCCGGCUGCCCGGAGCGGGCAGACUGGGCCGGACCUUGGCGCGCGCGGGGUCUCACCGGGGUGACAUGGAGGACGACGAAGAGGAGGAGCUCACCGCCGCCACGCUGCGGGGCAAGCCCCGGCCGCCACCCCUCUCGGCGCAGUCCGCCUUCAGCUACAUCCCGCCGCGGCGCCUGGACCCCAAGGAGCACAGCUACUACCACCGCCAGGCCAAGACAGGAGUCAUUUCCUUGUACGACUGUGUUUUUAACAAGAGCCCAGGCUACGAUCAGAAACUUCACCGAGACGACAGAGAACAUGCAAAAAGCCUGGGACUUCAUGUGAACGAGGAGGAGCGUCAGCGGCCUGUGGGAGUGCUGAUGUCCUCGGUCUAUGGGAGGCGCAUACACCAGCCCGUGGAGCCCCUGAACCGGGACCACAGCCGAGCCAACCACGUGAAGGCUGACUUCUACAGGAAGAACAACAUCCCCAGCAUCAAGACGCCUGGCUUUGGACACAUUUCUCCAGCCUGACGCCCCUGCUGUGGCCUGGACCGAGGGGUGGCACAAUCGGGCAGUGCCGGGGCCUUAUGUCCCCCCCUCCCCCCGCUUCACUGGGGUCAGGGAGCUGGCCUGAAGCUGCUUGCGCCUGGACAGUGGGGGGUCGGGCCUGGGAGCCCCUUUUCCUCAUGUGGCCGUGGUGAAGACCCUGGCCAAAGGCCUUUACUACCUGUGAUGAACAUCUCCGUGGGACCAUGUCAGCUGAAAUGAUGCCGGAGACUGAUCCAUUGUGAGCACUUGAAUAAAAGGAAAAGUGUUCCCACUUGA